GAUGGCAUCCCUCCCCGCAUCGUUGACUUUGAAUGGACCCUUCGGAUAGAGACUCCUCCAAAAUUGCCAAAUUCCACCACGCCUCAACAUGACAAAAGAAGCUCGCAGCCAAGUACGGAGAAGUCAGCUUUGUAGGCCAUCUGUGUGACUGCAUCUUUGCGCGUAUCAUGCCUCGUAUUCGGAUGCCGCGGUUCAAGAGUCUGCUGGGUGCCGCACUAGAUCAAAAGAGUCUCAACGAUUUUGUGUGCAGUGGUGCACGAGCCCUCUGAGUCCUUGUAACCUCGGCUCCAUCAGCAACCUAGCUUGAGAUCGGCGACCCCCAUUCACAGGGAUGUCAACAGGUGCGGCAGGGGAGUGUCAUUGCACGAUCGGUAGGGAUGAGGAUUUUCGAACGCAUCAUCAGAUUUGAUCUCCAAGAGACUCGAGACAAGCUGUUGCGCUGCUUGCUAGCAUGACCUCCGAAAUGAGCCCCGAUGUGCUGAAGACGAAUGGGCACGAUGGUGGGCAUUCGCAAGCUCACACGAGCCUUAACGGCCAUUCCGAUGCACCCUACAGCGUCCAGGAAGAGACAAAGAAGAUAUUCAGGAAUGGGAUACUCGCAAAUCCGAGAGUGAGCAGGUUCCUCCCAAAGGAGUGCUCUUCCGCCGAGUCUUUGAUAACUCUCACUGGCUCUGAGCUCCCAAGUAUUCCCAUCAACUGGCGGCAGGCCGAGUCGGUAUCGGCAUUGACCAUGUUGGAAGCGAGUUUGAUCAAUGUCUUACUGCAACGAAAGUAUGCCCUUCCCGCUCAAGCCGUAGCCAUCGACACUGAUCAUGCAACUCUGUUCAUAAUGUCCUGCCUUCUGUGGACGCUUGAUCCAGAUGGCGAGAACACUUGCGUGAAUGGAAGUUUGAGUCCCGGGAACCCGAGCGUGGAGAAGUACUUCCCACCGUAUGACAAGCAUAGAUUGUAUGCAUCUCUACACCGUGGAGUUGCUUCCAACUGGGUCCAAUGUUCUGAUGGAAAAUGGUUCCACACGCAUGGAGAUUUGAACCCCGACUCAACUCUCAAGUCACUGGGCUUACCAAUGGACCUGGAAGUGUCCACGUAUGAGGACGCCGUGAAAAACUACCAGGAUGCAGCUCGUGAAAUCCCCUCUGACCGACUUCAACACCAGGUCAGUGAUAUAUAUCGCCAGUCAGGACAAGUGUCCCUUACGACAGACGAAUACUGGGCAAGCGAGCACGGGAAAGCCAAUGAGCAUAUUGACCUUUUUGAGAUACACGAUUUCCCACAACAGGGCGAUAAGCAACCACCUGGCUGGUGGCCUGACAGUCGUCACACUUCGGCCCUCCGCCCUUUGGCAGGCUUAAAAGUGGUGGAUUUGACUCGAAUACUUGCUGGUCCUUCCAUUGGCCGUGGUUUGGCAGAGCUCGGAGCAUCCGUGAUGCGUGUCACGGCGCCUCACCUACCAGAGUACGGCAUCCUGCAUCCAGACACCAACUGGGGCAAAUGGAACUGCCAUCUCGAUUUGAACAUGGAGAGUGAUCGCUCAAAGUUCCGCGAGCUGAUCCUAGAUGCCGAUGUCGUCAUCAAUGGGUACCGGCCGGGCGCCUUCGACAAGUUUGGCUUUGGACGGCAGGAUGUGUUGAACCUGUGUGCUGGCCGGGAACGAGGUAUCAUCUACGUGCGAGAGAAUUGCUAUGGCUGGAACGGACCCUGGCAGGGACGCCCCGGGUGGCAACAGAUUAGUGAUGCGGUAACUGGCUGCGCACACAGCUUUGGUCAGGCGCUCGGGCUCGAUGAGCCAGUGACUCCAAUCUUCCCAAACAGUGACUACUGCACUGGCCUAGCUGGAAUCUGUGGUACCUUGGUCGCUCUGCUUAAGCGCGGCGAGCAAGGUGGCAGCUACGGGGUCGACGUGGCCCUCAACUACUACAACCAAUGGCUCGUUCGCUCCGUUGGUACCUAUCCAGAUGACAUCUUUGAGCAGACGCGGCAGGAGACCGGACACGAAUCGUUUCGGCACUGGCACACCAUGGGUCAUACUUUUCCCCGAAUGCUACGGAGCCUCCAGGCAGGCCCGGCCGCCCAAAGGCUAUUCAAGGCCGGUUUUUUCGAGGACCGGGACGCCGAAGUAGCACUCGGUCCAGGAAAGAAGAUUCGGGUCAUGGCGCCCGUACUCAAAUUCGAUGAUGAAAAGGUCAGGCCCGGAUAUCAUGUUGGAACGAGGCCAAACGGUGUCGACGCUGCAAGGUGGCCAGAUGACUUGACCUCUGAAAGGGUUGUCUGA